GGAACAUCGUCCGCGAUAUACUGCAAAGACGUUGAAGCAUGGAGGAUCCAGUAUUAUGGUAUGGGGAUGUUUUUCAUAUCAUGGUGUGGGACCAAUAUAUUGGAUAAAAACUAACCAAUAUGAGUACGUAAAAAUAAUGAAGGAUGUUAUGCUCCCAUUCGUCGAAGAAGAAAUGCCACUCAAAUGGGUACUGCAGCAAGAUAACGAACCAAAGCAUACAAGUGGCAGCAUAUUUAUCAUUUCAUCGUUUCUUAUCUUAUGGGAUACUAAAAGAGAAUACCGUAAAUAUUUUUCAACAAUUUUCCAAAAUAUUAACCAACAUUGCUAAUUGGAAAGAAGAAAAAUCUGCCAGGAACAUCAGCAGAAGUAUGACUGGCACAAGAUUUGCACGAACAGGACGUUGUCGAUUUUUCGUGUGCCUGGCUGUGCUGACUUUGAUGCUCUGUAUGGUGGCAAUUUUUCGGAGCUCACAACAGCAAUUGGAUGAGACACGCGAGCAACGAUUGCAUUGUGAAAGACAGCAGGAACAACUAAAUGAACAACUCCAAAAUAUGGCAGAGCAAAAAUACAAUCAGCAAAAAACGUUGGAAGAGGAGCGUAACGAACAGAUGGAAGCUCGGCAUAACCUGGAGCAAAAACUGAAGGAACUGACUAUAUUACGUACAAAUGAGCAAAUGGACUUAAGUGUACGUUAUGAUAAGUUGCAACAGGCGCAUAAAUUGUUGAAAAGUGAACACAACGAGUUGGUUGUCGAGUGUCAAAAGAGUAAAAAAGAUCUAUUAGAAAGUACCAAUGGUUUGGAGAAAAAAUUGCAGUUUGUACGCUCGGAAGCGGACAAAGAAAAAAAUGUACUUAAUGGCGAUAUCACUUUGUGGCGAGAAAAAUAUAACGCCAUGGUUGUCGCAAAAGAACGACUUGAAGCUUUGCUCGAUGCUUCUGGUGCACAGUCUGAACUAAAGAGCAAAAUAAUCAACUUGGAACGCACAGUCGCUGAAUAUCAACAGCACUGUGAUUACAAAAAAGAUGCCAGAAAUCAAAACGAUAUACCCCUGAAUAUGUCAGAUGGAGCUCACAAUACGAGUGCACAAACGCGUAUUGAAAAGUCCUUUAAUGAACAAGUGCGUAUGAGUCCUGGGUUAUAUCACAUCGACAUUAAGCUAACUAACAAAACUAGAAGCGUUGUUUCUUCGCAUGCAAAUCAAACUAUUUCAGCUACUAACAGCACAAAAAUCCCCUCUAAAACCAACGCUGAUGGUGAUGAUCCAAAAGUAAAUGUAAUUUUAAAAGCUGGUAGUGAUAUUGUUGCUGGUGGUGUUGGUGUAGAUGGUGCUGGUGGCUUUCUACCUUAUCUUUCACGUAAUAAUCGUAGUUUAAUACUAAAUUCCGUUGAAAAUUUUCAGAUUUUACCAAUCGAGAAAGUAGUGGAAGGCGGUGAGAGUGAGGGCAAUGUCAUGGCUCAAAUACGACAACCACCCGCCAACCACUCAGCUGCCUCGGUUGGUGGCAAGAUGAUAUCGCCAUUAAGCCCACCGCGAAAGGCAGCAACAACUGAAGCUUCGAAAUCCGAACAACAUGUUUUAGAGGCAAAUGCGCCAGUGAAACAGACGAAUAGCUCAUCAACCACUAGUGGUUUGCCACCGUUGCCUGUGCCACCAAAUCCGCGCAAAUUGCCAGAAAACGUAGCACCCAUACCAGCUAAUUUUGAUGAACUUUUGAAGGAGGAUCGUGCUAACCAAAAGGCGGACAAUGCGAAGGAAGCCGAUGUCGAUGCAGCAGAAGAAGUGCAAAAGAACGAUAAUGAUGAGGCGAAUAACAAUCGAUAUGCAAACGCAAUAAAUGAUAUGGAACCGAAAGCAUCACACAAAGAGCCAGUUAUUGCAGGCGCCAAUGCAGCAAACGAGGACUCCGGGGCGCACGAAAUCAAAGACAAUGAUUUUAUGAAUGAUCAAAAUUUUAACUUGCCACCCAACGAAGAUAACAAUUUCUUCGACGGUGGCGGUAAAAAUGAGGGUGUAGUAAACACUGAUGAGAAGCCUAAAGGUGAUGAUAAUGACGAUGAUGAAGGGCUUGCUGGCGCAGUAGAUGCAGGUGAUAUAGCGGUUAAAAACCACAAUUUGUUAGAUACCAAUAACCUAAACAACGAAGUUGCUGGAGAUCAAGGAAAGGAAUUCCCCGAUGAGCUACGCUUGGAAGAAAAUAACGAGGAAGAUGAAGAUGAUGAUUAUUCCAAUCCAGCAGCGCGUCAACAAGGAGAACAAGCGAUUAGAAAUUAGACGAAAGCUGAAGCGUUUAAAUUAAUAGUGCAUAAAAAUGGCGGCAUAUGCACUCUCGUGAAUAGAAUAUAAAAUAUCCAUUAGACUUGCACACAUUUCAUCACCAACUUACUUAGCUAUAUAUAUAUAUAUGGAUAUAUAUGGAUACUAUAUAUAUAGUAAACUCUCCCAAUACCAAAUUGAACUACAAAUAGCUUACAAAGCUGAUUUGGCAAGGGAGAAAUUGUGGAACACGAAAGUAAAAGAAACGAUUAAAAUAUCGUGUAUGAAACAAGCCCAAUGUUAAUGAGGUAAUACUACAAAAUGUUAGCGUAAACAAAAUUACAUUGCAAUAUCUUUAAUUGAAAGAAAAAUUUGCCAACUGAGCACAGUUGUUGCCGUCAUAGCCCACAGGAAGUGUUUUGAACAUGCAAACGUUAUUACCGCGGUAGAAGUAAUAUAAUAUAUGUUAAUAUUAUAUCCCGCUUCACAUUCAAGGGUAUUUACAGUCAUGUGAAAAAUAAUAGGUACAUUUACGUCAAAGUGGUUCAAGACCCAGCUUAAAUUUUUAGACUUUGAUCGAGACUGGCACAAUUGUUGAUCAUUUUGCGAAAUGAGCUCAUUUUAACGUGUGCAAAAUAAUAGGGACGAGAUUAUUGAAUUAUUAUACGCUUGAAAUAUUGAAAAAAAAAACCAUAUAAUAUGGCGAAGUCAUUAAAAUGUGGUGAAAUAACAAUGCCAAUACAUUAGCAAUAUAAAUCUAAAAUUUUCUUGAAAUAAGAUUUCUUAAAAAUUCUGCAAUUUUCACAACAUAAUUUAGGUUAAACUAUUGGAGUAUUUAUUAUUUUUUGUUCAUUUGCAUUGAAUACGAUUUUUUAUUUAUGAAAACACCACUCUAAAAUUGUUUACUUUGAACUUAUUUUUAUGAAAUAACGCUAUGCGUCGCCGUUAUUUUUAACAUAACUGUAAUUAGUAUAAAAAUUUGAAUUUGAUAAUAGCAUACAGAAAAUAUACAAACAAGCUAACAACAAAUAUUUGUAUUUGUUUAGCUCUGACCCUACUGCUUAAUAAUCUUCAUUCCUUCAUCUACACGAAUAAAA